CCUAAAUGCAUUCUAGGCAGACUAAAAGAGGAACUGAUCUAGCUGAUGAACUACAGGGGAGAUCUUUUUCGCUCCUGUACACAGGAAACAUAGGAACAUUUGUUUAACAGAGGAAAAAUAUAUAACUACAUCUUAAACGUUAAAAAUGACGGAAGAUGUGGAUAACUGGGAGGAAGAUUUGGAAGAGGACGCCGUGAUAUCACUUGUCAUCAAAAACUUAAAUAUACAGAAACAACAUUUUUCCGAACUACAUCCAUUAGCUAAAAGAGUGGACUCUGAUAAGUUGUCCACAUCAGCCUUCCGACAGAAAGUCGCAUUGCCAUGUGGUCAUCAAAUGCCAGCAGACUAUGUUGUGGCUUGGUUCAAGUAUUAUCUUAAACAGAAAAAUACCGAUUUUUUCUGCCCUGGCUUUAAUGACGUUAAGAGGAAAACCUGUGGCGCAAAACUCUCUUAUCAGGAAAUCUGUCAGCGGAUACCACUGACAGACAAACAACGGGAAUUCUUAGAGGAGAACCUCGCUGCACUUGUUGCUAGGAGGCUGUUUGACUUCAAAACUUGUCCAGGAUGUCGGUCUUAUGUGGAAAGACGAGAUCGAAGUAACCUGUGCGUAAACUGCACUAUCUGCACGGCCAACAUGAAACGGACUUACUACUUCUGCUGGAACUGCCGGAGGGAGUGGAAGGGGCCGGCCAAUAAUGCUGUGCGGUGUGACAAUAAUGGCUGUGGACAGAGAGCGAGAACUUCAGAUCCUCUUAAGCCAUGCAAACCCGAGAUGAAAAAGGAAUUGCUUAGAAAAGAGGGAGAAGAUAUUUACCCAAUGAAAGACAAAUCCCCUGACAGAAAACGUCUGGCUUUGCUCAUCAACAAUGUCGAGUUUGAACACAUAAAUGACAGGAUCGGGGCAGACAAGGAUGAACGGAGAAUGGAGAGGCUGCUGGAGGGUCUGGGUUACACUGUGGUGACUCUCAGAGACCUCAGUGCACUGGGCAUGCUUGCUGCCAUGCGAGACUUUGCCCAGCGCGAGGAACAUGUCCAGUCGGAUAGCUGCUUUGUGGUGUUGAUGUCACAUGGAGAUGCCAGUGGAAUCUGUGGAGUAUUUGAUUCCCUCAGCAGUGAUGAUGAAGAGGACAUUUUCCAAAUAGAUGACGUUUUUAAUAGCUUGAACACUCCAAACUGUGCUGGAUUGAGGGACAAGCCAAAAAUUAUCCUCAUCCAGGCGUGUAGGGGUGAUAGAGAAGGCAGUGUAGAUGUCACGGAUGGUGGGCCUAGAGACAGGAGAGGAAAAGAGCACCGUGAAAAAGACUUCUGCUGCCUGAGGUCCUGUACUCCAGACACGGUGUCCUAUAGAAACGAAGAGACAGGCUCACACUUCUUCAAAGACAUUGUGGAAAUAUUUAAUGAGCACGCCUGCCAGGACCACAUCGAGGAGCUCUUCAGAAAGGUCAUCAAGAAGUUUAAGGAGAAACAUCCACAUCAGAUGCCAUGCAAAGAAAGAACAACAUUAUCUAAAAAAAUCUACCUCUUCCCAGGGUUGUAAAACACAGCACUGCUUUUCUUUUUAUUUUAGAAACAUGAUGUGCGCAUCUUUGUCAUAUUUGGAGAAAACAUGGAAUUAAUCACAUUUAAAUCAGUUUGCAUGUUAAUUAAAUUCUUGAAUAUGAUAAACAGAUUUAGCUUGCUGCUCUAGCAUUAAAGUACCCCCACUCCCACAGAAAAACUAUAAAUACAUUCUUCUAUUUUACUUGAAUAUAUCUAUUUAUUUUUCUUUCUUCAGUUUUCUUGAAAAAGGGGGAAGCUGAUACUUGAAAUAUUAUGUGUUAAAUUUAAAAUAUGUCCUUCAGGAAAAGUACUGUAUUGUGCACAAACUGUAUUUACCAAAUUUUAUUUCAUUGUUCAUUUUAAGUGACCCCAGUAUCUCUCAAAUAAAGCAUCAGAUGCACUUGAAUUAAGGCUUUGUCUCAACUCACAAAAAUUAGCUGGUUUUAUAGUCUUUAGUAGUACAGCAAUAUGUUAUGGAAUGACUGAAUACAGCUACAGUGUUUAUGAAGAAAUACUGCAUAGGCAAACUAUAUUGCACAGUAGGAGAUGUGAAAUAAUUUG